CGCACGUUCCAUCCUCUUUUCGCACCCGACGUUCCUUGUGUUUGCUCGCCCAUGUUCCCGUUCCGCGAGGAUCGGAAUCGGAACGAAGUGGGCACAUGCCCGUCUGCUAAGCGCCCAUCGCCUUCCUGACCUCCCGCGCCAGCGGCGGCGGCUUGCUGCCUGCCUGCCGGGAAGGGCGGCGGCUUGCUGCCUGCCUGCUUGGUACGGGAUAUUCUUUCUUUAUUAUACUAAUACUAAUAUAAAACACUAUGUCUCUAUAGUCAACGUCUUCUUUGGCUGUCACGUAGCAACUGCUGCAUCUAUAGUCUACAUAAGAGCAAGUGUUAUAGCAGGCUGCAAGCGAGCUAAAUGCUGAGGUGGAGGAGAGAGAGUAAAAGCUGGUUGUAAGCUUACAGCCAGUUCAGGCACAAAAACCAAAUGAUGAGCUAACCAUUAUAUGAGUGGGCUGUAAGAAGACUGUAAAGACUUACAGCCAGCAGCUGGCUGUAUUAUAAUACUUGCUCUAAGCACCAUGUCUAUACAUCCGGGUUGCCUAUAUAUCUGAUAAAGGCUUUCUGACUGCAAACAUUUCCCAUACAAUCACCAUGGUGGUGCUCCUCAUCAAGCCUCCCUUGAGCAAGCUCGCCUUCUUCCUCAUUUGCCUUGCCACAUUCGUGGCACAGACCUCACUGGCAGCUCAUGGAGCAAUGGCCCCUCACCGGCCUCACGCCCCCAACUCCGACCAGCUCGCGCUCAUGUCAUUCAAGUCACUCGUGACGAGUGACCCGUCGCGCGCCCUGGCGUCGUCAUGGGGCAACAUGUCCGUUCCCAUGUGCCGGUGGCGCGGCGUGGCGUGCGGCUUGAGGGGACACCGGCGGGGCCAUGUGGUUUCUCUGGACCUCCCUGAGCUCAACCUGACUGGCACCAUCACCCCUGCGCUGGGAAACCUCACUUACUUGAGGCGACUCAAUCUUUCAUCGAAUGGCUUCCAAGGGAUCCUGCCUCCAGAGCUCGGUAACAUCCAUGACCUUGAGACUCUGCAAAUUACCUACAACUCUCUCUCUGGGCAGAUUCCACCGUCACUUUCAAACUGUAGCCACCUGAUAGAGAUUUCCCUCGAUGACAACAAUUUCCAUGGGGGAGUACCCAGUGAGUUAGGCUCCUUGCAUCAUCUUCAGAUACUUAGUCUUGGCAAAAAUAGACUUACAGGAACAAUCCCUCCUACCAUCGCAAGCCUUGUAAAUCUGAAGAAACUAGUCCUAAGAUAUAACAACAUGACAGGAGAAAUCCCAGCUGAGGUAGGCAGCCUUGCCAACCUCAACGUGCUGAACCUAGGUGCAAAUCAGUUCUCAGGAACGAUCCCCAGUUCACUAGGGAACCUCUCAGCGUUGAUGGUUCUUUAUGCUUUCAAAAAUCAGUUUGAAGGAAGCAUUCCACCACUACAACACCUCUCGUCUCUUAGAGUUCUUGGAUUGGGCGGGAACAAACUCCAAGGAACCAUCCCUUCUUGGUUAGGCAACCUCUCUUCAUUAGGAUACCUAGAUCUUCAGCAAAAUGGUCUAGUUGGUCAGAUCCCAGAAUCAUUAGGAAAUCUUGAGAUGCUUACAACACUUUCUCUCUCACUAAACAAUCUUUCAGGCCCCAUACCUAGUUCGCUAGGCAACCUCUAUGCCCUCACUCAACUUGCUCUACCGUAUAAUGAGUUGGAAGGCCCUUUGCCCCCUUUAAUGUUCAAUAAUCUUUCCUCCCUCGAACUUCUAACUGUAGAAUACAACCACCUGAAUGGGACUCUACCACCUAAUAUCGGAAGCAACCUUCCGAAAUUAAAGUAUUUUCUCGUAUCAGACAAUGAAUUUCAGGGCAUGCUCCCGUCAUCCCUUUGCAACGCCUCCAUGCUUCAAGUUAUUGAAACAGUAGAAAACUUUCUGUCCGGAACGAUUCCAGAAUGCUUGGGAGCUAAACAAACGAGCCUGUCUGCAGUCACAAUUGCACAAAAUCAGUUUCAAGCAACAAACGAUGCUGAUUGGAGCUUUGUGGCUAGUCUGACAAACUGUAGCAACUUAGUUGUACUUGAUGUUAACUCGAAUAAUCUCCAUGGCAUGCUGCCAAAUUCAAUAGGUAAUCUCUCAACACAGCUGGAGUUUCUCAACAUUGGAAACAACAAUAUAACUGGAACAAUAACAGAAGGAAUCGGUAACCUCGUCAACUUGCAAACACUUUCCAUGCCUCAGAACUUUCUCAUAGGUGCUAUUCCAGCAUCUAUCGGCAACCUGAAUAAGUUGUCCGAAUUAUCUCUGUACGAUAAUGCUUUGUCUGGACCCUUGCCGGUAACUCUUGGCAAUCUUACACAGCUAACUAGACUUCUCCUCGGUAGAAAUGCUAUAAGUGGACCUAUACCAUCUACUCUCAGCCAUUGUCCUUUAGAAGUAUUGGAUCUUUCUCACAACAAUCUUUCUGGUCCGACACCUAAAGAACUCUUUUCCAUAUCAACCUUGUCGCGUUUCAUCAACAUUUCACAUAAUUCCUUAUCUGGGUCUUUGCCAUCAGAAGUUGGAAGUCUAGAAAAUCUGAACGGACUUGAUUUAUCUUAUAAUAUGAUUUCUGGUGAUAUUCCAUCCUCCAUUGGUGGGUGUCAAAGCCUAGAAUUUCUCAACUUAUCAGGAAACGUCCUUCAGGGCACAAUUCCACCUUCACUAGGAAAUCUAAAGGGCCUCGUAGGGCUUGAUCUUUCUCGCAAUAAUUUGUCAGGGACCAUUCCUGAGAUCCUUGCCAGACUAACUGGCCUUUCUAUAUUGGAUCUCACAUUCAAUAAACUCCAAGGUGGAGUUCCAAGUGAUGGGGUAUUUCUCAAUGCAACAAAGAUCUUAAUCACCGGGAAUGAUGGCCUUUGUGGCGGUAUCCCUCAACUUGGAUUGCCACCCUGCACCACCCAGACUACCAAGAAACCACAUCGAAAACUUGUCAUAACAGUCUCUGUAUGCAGUGCAUUUGCUUGUGUCACGUUAGUAUUUGCAUUGUUUGCACUCCAACAAAGGCGCCGCCAGAAGACAAAAUCACAUCAACAAAGUUCGGCCUUGAGUGAGAAAUACAUGAGGGUCUCUUAUGCAGAAUUGGUUAAUGCAACAAAUGGUUUUGCAUCCGAGAACCUCAUCGGAGCUGGGAGCUUUGGAUCAGUUUACAAAGGAACAAUGAGAAGCAACGACGAGCAAAUAGUGAUCGCUGUUAAGGUUCUCAACCUCAUGCAGCGUGGUGCAUCUCAAAGUUUUGUUGCUGAAUGCGAGACUUUAAGAUGUGCUCGACAUCGGAACCUUGUAAAGAUAUUGACUAUCUGUUCAAGCAUUGAUUUUAAGGGCCAUGACUUCAAGGCCCUCGUGUAUGAGUUUCUACCGAAUGGAAAUUUGGACCAAUGGCUGCACAAACAUAUCAUCGAAGAUGGUGAACCAAAGGCACUAGAUCUGACUGCAAGAUUAAAUGCUGCAAUUGACGUGGCAUCCUCACUUGAUUACCUUCACCAACAUAAGCCAACGCCGAUUGUUCACUGUGAUCUUAAACCAAGUAAUGUUCUCCUGGACAGUUCGAUGGUUGCUCGUGUGGGUGAUUUUGGGCUUGCGAGGUUUCUACAUCAAGAUAUAGGUACUUCAAGUGGAUGGGCAUCAAUGAGAGGAUCAAUUGGGUAUGCAGCUCCAGAGUACGGACUGGGCAAUGAAGUAUCCACCCACGGUGAUGUCUACAGCUAUGGCAUACUAUUGCUGGAAAUGUUUACUGGGAAAAGACCAACAGACAACGAAUUUGGUGAAGCCAUGGAGCUCCGCAAGUAUGUUGAAAUGGCACUACCAGACAGAGUGAGUAUUAUCAUGGACCAACAGCUACAAAUGAAGACAGAAGAUGGCGAACCAGCCACUUCAAACUCCAAGCUGACAAUUUCUUGCAUCACUUCAAUUCUGCAAGUUGGGAUUUCCUGUUCGGAGGAGAUGCCCACAGAUCGCGUGUCUAUUGGAGAUGCUCUGAAAGAGUUGCAAGCGAUUAGAGAUAAGUUUGAGAAGCUCCUCUGCAGUGAGGAAACAUCAUCAUCCCACUGAAGGUUCUUUAGGUGGGCUUGAGAUCGAUAUGUGUGAAUCUGUGAGUGUGUGAAUGUGUGAUUGCAAGAGAGAAACAACAGAAUUUUCAACAAUGUUGUAGCAACAGUGCCACAAGUGGUCGCAAGAAUAAAAGAGAAUAUAGAGCAAAGGAAGAGAGCAUUCGCUUAUGUGUAGAUGUUGUUUUCCCUUUGUUUGGGGAGUGUGUUUCCCUCUUUUCCUGUUUCUUGGGGCCUUAACACUCCUAUUGAGUGUCUUUGCUUGUACAGAAACUCUCUUUCCUUAUCUUAAUUGAAAGGCAGAGCUCAUGUCAUUGCGUUCAAA